AUGGCAGAGACAUCAUCCUACUUGACGUGGACCAACGUCCUCAUCGGUCUCCUCUUCAUCAUCUUCGACUCUGUCCUCUCCCUAUUCCUCGGCCUCGGCAUCUCCUCUUCCCUCCUCGUGGCUGCGCUGCGAUGUAUAGUCCAGCUGACUAUCAUGAGUACGGUACUGGGGAAAGUGUUUGCUAGUAAUAAUGUGUGGGGAGUAUUUGGGAUUGCGGUAUUGCUGAACCUCAUGGCGGCUACCGAGGCGACUUACAACAAGUCGAAGAGGAGGUUUACCAACAUGUUUCCACUCAUCUUGGCCGCAAUGUUGUGUGGUACCAUCCCGGUCUCCGUUCUGGGCACUCAAUAUGCUAUGGCACAGCACCCUUUCUGGCAGCCCGACCAGUAUAUCCCUAUAAUCGGCAUGAUUCUCGGCAACGCCAUCUCUUCUCUUGGUAUUGCUCUCAACACUACCCACAAAGAGUUUUCAGAAAACAAGGACAAAGUGGAGAGCUUUCUGGCUCUCGGCGCCAGUCGCUUUGAGGCUUGUAAGCCGAUAGCUGUGAGCGCGCUGAAGCUGGCGCUUUUACCUACUGUCAAUCAGCUCAGUGUGAUUGGGUUGAUCAGUAUUCCGGGUAUGAUGACUGGUGCUAUUGUGGGAGGCAAGUCGGUGGAGCAAGCUGCCCGGCUGCAGAUGAUCAUCAUGUUUAUGAUUUCUGCUUCCUCAGCACUCUGCACUCUCAUUGCUCUCUUCUUUUCCCUCUCGACCUUGGUCGACGGCUGCGUCCGUAUCCGAUCCGACCGUCUCACCUCUGAGGCCCCUUUGCUCUAUCGUUGGAGGAACGAAGCAGGGGCCAAGAUGUGGAAGGUGGUGGCGAGAGUGGGAGGAGCAGUGACGGGGAAGAAGAGGGAGAGUGGGACAGAAGAGGAGAGGAGGGGCUUGUUGGAUGGACAGCAGGGAUGA